AUGGGUGUAACUCUGUCCACGGUGUUCUUCAAGCUCUUCGGCAAGAAGCAGAUGCGAAUCCUAAUGAUUGGUCUGGAUUGUGCUGGUAAAACUACGAUUCUGUACAAGUUGAAGUUGGGCGAGAUCGUGACGACGAUGCCGACGAUCGGCUUCAACGUGGAAACGGUGGAAUACAAGAACGUCUGCUUCACGGUCUGGGAUGUCGGAGGUCAGGAUAAGAUUCGGUUACUCUGGCGCCACUAUUACCAGGACACCCAAGGGCUCAUCUUUGUCAUCGACUCGAAUGACCGUGAUCGCAUUGAAGAGGCUCACAAUGAACUACAGAAUAUGGUGGAAUCUGCGGAUUUGAAGGACGCUGUUAUUUUGGUGUUCGCCAAUAAGCAGGAUUUACCUGACGCGAUGACCGUUUCCGAAAUAACCGAUAGACUCAAAAUGGAUGAACUUAAGGGUAGGGCGUGGUACAUCCAGGCCACCUGCGCCACGACAGGUGAUGGUCUUUUUCAAGGAUUGGAUUGGCUAUCCGAUCAAAUGUCAAAAAAAUAG